CGUAGCGAUGUUAAAGCCCUGCUGGAGAGUUUGGACACGGAUAAGUCGGGCACAGUCAGUGCCAGGGAGUUUCUGACCGCCUUUCAUGGAAUGGGCAUAACUGAGGCUGAUUUGAAGGAAUUUAUCAAAUCGGUGGACAAAAAUGGUGAUGGCGAAUUGGAUAUUGAUGAACUUACGGACUAUAUCUGCAAUAGAAAUAGGCGCUAG